AUGAGUCUAUUGAGCUACAAUUUCCAAGGGCUCGGGAAUACCCCGACAGUUGAAAAAGUAAAGGCGCUUCUACGCCAGACUAAUCCCGAUAUUGUUUUCUUAAUAGAAACAAAGCAAUAUGAUGAAGAAUGGAAAAGGAAGAUAAAAGAAUUUGGCUAUUUCGAUGGACAAGGGGUGGCAGCAGGGGAAAAUAGAGUUGGGGGUCUUCUGAUGAUGUGGAAAGAGGAUAUUUCAGUAGAAGUUAAGGGUUGUGACCUGCAUUUCCUUGAUGUGCAAGUCAAAUGCCAAAUUGUAGACAAGAUUGGAGACUGA